AUGGACGAUCCUCAACCCCCAAAUACUCUCGCAGCCGCCUUCCCAGCACCUCCUCCCUUCUGGCAGAGCUUCACACCAGAGAAUCUCGAGCGCAUAUCAAAAUUACGCGCCCCUCAAAAUCGCACCAGGAGAGAAGAAAAUGGCAUACCUCCGCGAAUCCUCAAUCUACCCCCCGAAUUACGGUUCCUGCAGCCACCAGAGCCGCCGGUGGAGGGUGUUUAUAGGUGUUUUGGGGAUGUGUUCAACUUGAAAGAUCCCCUUCCAACCCUCCAAGAAAUGUCCAUCCAACAACUCUACACCCCACCUCCGUCCCCCUCCUCACACAUCGACCGCGCUCUAAUCCUCAAACGCCUUGCAAAGUCUCUCCUGCUCAACUUCCUCGAACUAACAGGCAUCAUGUCCACGAACCCCGAACAAUACGAAGAGAAAGUUCAGGAUUUGCGGACCCUGUUUAUCAAUUUCCAUCAUUUGCUUAAUGAGUAUCGUCCGCAUCAGGCAAGGGAGAGCUUGAUUCUUAUGAUGCAGGAUCAGCUGGAGAAGAGUCGGAAGGAGACCCAGGGGAUUAGAGCGGUGAAAGAGAGGGUUGAGGGGGUUAUUGAGGGGUUGGGGAAGUUGAAAUUGGCGGAAUUUGAGAAUGGGAAGGUUGGACAGGGAGAGGUGGAGGUUGUGGAGGAUGGGAGAGAUGUCUGGGAGACUUUGGAAAAAGAGUUCAGUUGA